UCUGACUGCGCGUCAACUGAUGCUCCGCCACGCAAGACGGAGCAGGAGAUAAUUCGGUCUCUCCUGUUCACCGAUGACGAGCAGUUUGAGGCUUUGUCGCCCGAGACUCAGCAGAAGGUCUUGGACAUGUUUGCUUCCUUGUCUCUCCUUAAGCAAAUGCGGGACAGCCUAGAAGGACAGCGACGCGCAAAGCAAGCCGAAGCCCACGCAAAGCAAGCCGAAGCCCACGCAAUGCAAGCCGAAGCCAACGCAAGUCAGGUUGAAGCUGACUGGUUAGCCGGGGCCAUACAUGUAUGCGAGGAGGCCGAACGGCAGGCCGAUGAGGAGGGCAUCGAAUUCCUUCACAGUGUAUCGUUGAUUGACGAUGAUGUUUACCUCUCCAUGUGGAGAGACAGUUACUGA